AAAGAAAGAGAGAGAGAUCAGCGAAUGCACGGCCCAAGGCCCUGGAAAAGAACGCACCGUCGAGAAUAACUUUACUCCUGUAAAUUGGAGGAGGUAUCAAAGGAAAGGGAUAUACAGGUGAAAUAUUGGCCCAUUUAAAGAAUCGCGGUCGUUUUUGUUACACUUCAUUGGUGUUGUUCGUUAACCGGCCAUUCGGGCAGCAGACCCGUCUCCAGCGCAGACAGGGCAAAGGAUUAACUCCAGCCAGAGAGUCGAGCCAGAGGGGAGCCGGCGCCGGGGAGGCAGCUAGAGCGACCUGGGGCUGGAUGUGCUCGGCUUCCCCCUCCCCAGCGGCCCGCAAUGGGGGAGACCAAAAUUAUCUACCACCUCGACGACCAGGAGACUCCGUACCUGGUCAAGCUGCCCAUCGCUGCGGACAGGGUCACUCUCGCGGACUUCAAAAAUGUCCUGAAUAAACCCAACUACAAGUUUUUCUUCAAAUCUAUGGACGAUGACUUCGGGGUGGUGAAGGAGGAAAUUUCGGAUGAUAACGCGAAGCUGCCAUGUUUCAACGGCCGAGUGGUGUCCUGGCUGGUGUCGGCCGAUGGCUCCCACUCAGAUGGGGGCUCUGUGUGUGCAGACAGCCAGGCAGACCUUCCCCCCCCUCUGGAGAGGCCUGGAGGCAUCGGAGACUCCAGACCCCCCUCCUUCCAUGCAAAUGCGGUGGGCAGUCAGGAUAACCUGGACACGGAGACGGAGACUGAGUCGGUGGUGUCGCUGCGGAGGGAGAGAGACCGAGAGAGAGAGAGGGAAAGGGAGAGGCCGCGCAGGAAAGACACGCACGACCAUGGUGGGAGGAUGAACGGUCACUCGCGGCCAGAGCGGCGUGCGGACCUGGCGGGGUAUGAAAGUUCUUCGACAGUGAUGAGCAGUGAGCUGGAGUCCACCAGCUUCUUUGAUUCGGAGGACGACGACUCCACCAGCCGGUUCAGCAGCUCCACGGAGCAGAGCACCUCGUCCCGCCUGAUGAGACGGCACCGCCGUCGCCGACGGAAACCCAAAGCGUCACGCAUGGAGAGGUCAUCCUCGUUCAGCAGCAUCACAGACUCCACCAUGUCACUGAACAUCAUCACUGUCACGUUAAACAUGGAGAAGUAUAACUUCCUGGGCAUCAGUAUAGUAGGACAGAGCAACGAGAGGGGCGACGGCGGCAUCUACAUCGGCUCCAUCAUGAAGGGCGGGGCCGUGGCGGCUGACGGGCGGAUAGAGCCGGGGGACAUGCUGCUGCAGGUGAACGACAUCAACUUUGAAAACAUGAGCAACGAUGACGCGGUGCGGGUCUUAAGGGAGAUUGUGCACAAGCCAGGUCCCAUCACCCUGACUGUGGCUAAGUGCUGGGACCCCAACCCCCGAGGCUGCUUCACACUGCCACGGAAGUUGAACUAUAUGACGUACUGCCCCGCCCAACCAGGUGAGCCGAUCCGGCCCAUUGACCCUGCUGCGUGGGUGUCCCACACUGCGGCCAUGACGGGGGCGUACCCAGUGUAUGGUAUGAGCCCAUCCAUGAGCACCAUCACCUCCACCAGCUCCUCCAUCACCAGCUCCAUCCCUGAGACUGAGCGCUUCGACGACUUCCACCUGUCAAUCCACAGCGACAUGGCGACUGUUGCCAAGGCGAUGGCCUCCCCGGAGUCGGGACUGGAGGUGCGAGACAGGAUGUGGCUAAAGAUCACCAUUCCCAACGCCUUCAUAGGGUCGGAUGUUGUGGACUGGCUCUAUCACCACGUGGAGGGCUUCACUGACCGCCGGGAGGCGCGCAAGUACGCCAGCAACCUGCUGAAGGCCGGCUACAUCCGCCACACCGUCAACAAGAUCACCUUCUCUGAGCAGUGCUACUACAUCUUCGGAGACCUGUGUGGCAACAUGGCUAAUCUCUCCCUGCAAGACCACGAUGGCUCCAGUGGAGCCUCUGACCAGGACACCCUCGCCCCCCUGCCCCACCCCGGCGUGGCCCCCUGGCCCCUAGCCUUCCCCUACCAGUAUCCCAUCCCUCACCCCUACAACCCCCACCCCCUGCAUGAGCCGCCCUACAGUUACACCGGAGGCGGGGGUAGUGCGGGCAGCCAGCACAGCGAAGGGAGCCGUAGCAGUGGGUCAAACCGCAGCGGGGGCGGCAAGAAGGAGGCUAAGGGUGGAGCAGGGGGGGUGGAGAACAAAUCAGGGGGCAGCGGCAGCGAGUCGGAGCAGAAGAGGGAGAAAGCCCCCAGCGAGCGCUCCGUGGCACCCCCUAGCGAGCACAGCGUCCGCAGCACCCACAGCCUGCGCAGCACCCACUCCCACAGCCUGAUGUACGGCCCCUCCGGGCUGCCCCCCCAGCCGCCGCCGGGCGCCGCGCUCGCCCCACCCGGCUCCCCCCCGGGCCGCGACCUGGGCUCCGUGCCCCCCGAGCUCACCGCCUCCCGCCAGUCCUUCCGCAUGGCCAUGGGAAACCCCAGUGAGUUCUUCGUCGACGUCAUGUGACCCGUGUCAGGUGACCCUGGGGGACAGACUUAGAUGCUUCCUUUCACCAGGAGAAGGGGAGGGUGAGGAUGAGAGUGAGAGAGAGAGAUAUGGAAGGAGAGAGGGAGAGGACAUGCGGCUCUCUUCUCUCUCGGUCGUGUGUCUGCUACUUUCUUCAGUGAAGAAGACAGGAAUCAAAGUGACUCUCAUUUCACGUUUUCCUUCUAGCCUCUUUUAUGCCCUUUUUUUCCAUGGGUCCUAUGGUCGUGGCAGAUUUUUUUUUCUCUUCCCUUUCGUUCUCCCUGUGUCUCCCCCGGCUUCACAUUUUUUUCUUUGUCUAAAAACUUAAAAGCAAGAGAAGAAGGAAGCGAGGAAGAGCAGGAACAGGAAGAGAGAGCCCUCUCUGAUUCUUAAUGACUGGAUAAAUGACUCAUUUCAAAAUGAAUGAAAUCAAAAACAAAGACUAACGCUGACUGAGAUGAUUGUUGUUUUGUUUCUUUUUUUACUUAUCUAUAGAAAAAAUGGAGAGAGUGAGAGAAAGAGAAAAUCUGAAUAUUUUAGUGCCAAACACUAUAUAGCAGGAGUUUAUUUGCCGUUGCCUCGCAUCUGCAGGGAGAAUGUGUGUGUGCAUGUCUGUAUGUGUGUGUGUGCGUGCAUGCGUGCACGUUAGAGAGGCAGAGAGUCCCUUGGUGAGACUGUUGUAACAGAUAUGAUUUGUCUGUCUCUUGGAGAUGAAGGUACCGUUCAGCCUUUGUAUACGUUUUAUUUCAAGAGUAAUUUGCAGUAUUCUCCCCCUCCACAGACAUACACGCACACUCUCACAAGUGUCCCAGCAUUUGCUUCUGUUGCCAUGGAAACAGCCAUCCAGAGUUUCACAUUGGUCAGUCAUGAACAUUCUGGAAUACUGCUCCAUUCAAUCGGUUGGGAGGUAUCGGUGCCGGUAGAAUCAGUCGUCCACAUGUAGCAUGUUUUCAGAUGUGGAAUUCUGUAUAUGUGUUAUCGGUAAGAAAUGCAUGUGACUGUGGUGCCUGGCCACUAAGUGCAAUGUUCAGCAUGUCUGCACAGGCUAGUUGGCUGUAUAAACUGAUACAUAACAAGACAAAUACCCAAAUAGCCGGACGUGGGAACGUAUAAAUUUAAUAUAGCAUAUGUUUGCCUUGAAAGUUGAAGUAAACUUCAGUUUGCCUGUGACCAGUUCCUGUCAAGAGUGUUUGCUGUGUGUGGUUCCUCAUUCAGCCAGCACCCUGUGCUCCUGCUGAACUCAGCUAGGCAGUUCAUCAACCUCUCUUUCUCCCACUCUCACUGUCCCAAAUACAUUUCAGCCGGUUUUAAAGAGUUUUUUUUUUAUUUGUCAUCAUUAACAUUAACAAUUCUGUAUCUCUUUUUCCAGUUUGUCUCAUUGUAACUUUGUACAUUUUCCACUUCUGUUCAUUUACA